UGAAGAGGCGGAGCGAGAAGAUGGUUACGACCAAUUGAACGUGUUUAAGUAAGAGAAAACACCAUCUGUAGUUUGGUAAUGUUGGAAGGACUCGCCAAAUUAGAACCAUUUGUCGACAAAGUAACCUGAGAUCGUCCACGUGUUUAGACAAUGCACUUAUUAGGCCUAAAUAUGCUCAAUAUUGUCUAACAUAUGUAAUACAAGUACUUUUUUUCAAUAAGAUCAAGUUCUGCUGAAACACGAUGAGUUGUGGGUUCAAAAAAAUACGGAAAAUGUUUGGAAAUGUAUCUUCGAAGCUUUUUCUACGAAUAUGUGCUUUAAAUUGGAAACCCUGGGUAAGUAUCGACCAAUCAGUUAAUGGAACAAAAUUAUCUGGACCAAUGGCUAACGUCAUGGAAAAUUUGUCGAAACUGAUGAAUUUCAGAUAUGAGAUUUACAUGCCUGAAGACAAACACUGGGGGAUGGAGUACCCAGACGGAACGUGGAGUGGAAUGAUUGGAAUGCUUCACAAUAAUGAAGCAGAUCUUGCCCUUGGGCCUUUUGCUACCACGUAUGCCCGGUCAAAAGUGGCUACGUUCACCUCAAAUCUUGCCACUGGCUACCUAGCGGUCAUGGCGGGCAGAAUGAAAAGAAAGACUACGAACGUUUUCGGCUACAUUUUAACCUUUGACUGGCAGGUGUGGUUUGUCCUGGUAAUAGCCAUGUUGGUGAUGAUUGCUUUGUCUCUAUUCAUUGACGCUAUUACCGACCCAAAGUACAGGUCGAAGCCGAUGAUAAGGAAGCGGACUGGAGAGUAUUUCUGGUCGUUUUACAGUUCAAUAUUUUGUGAAGGUUUGUACUUCACUGACUCAAAACUGAUACUAUCAAGAACAAUGUGUUGAAACAUCACAAUAAAACGUUACUAAC